AUACUGGCAUAUAGCGUCGCGACGUCCGGCGUCUGAGUUAGUUCCUACUCAAGACAACUGCCACAGUUCAAAAGUCAUCCGCAUCGCGAUAUUAUUUAUUUUCAUAAAAAGUUUAUUUAUUUUAUUCAUUUUUAUCUGUUUUUACACCAACUAUUGAAAUGCCGGCACGUAAUAAGGAACAAGAAGCCGAAGUUUUGGAGUGGAUCGAAGCCGUUCUUGGUGAAAAAUUACCCAAAGGAGAUUAUGAAGAUAUUUUGAAAGACGGCGUUAUUCUUUGCCAGUUAAUUAAUAAAAUAGCUCCGAAUUCAGUCAAAAAAAUCCAAACCAAGGGUACUAAUUUCCAACUGAUGGAAAACGUUCAGAGGUUCCAAGCAGCUAUUAAAAAUUACGGAGUACCACAGGAAGAGAUUUUCCAAACUGCAGAUUUAUUUGAGAGACGUAACAUCCCUCAAGUAACUCUUUGUCUUUACGCACUUGGAAGAAUUACACAAAAACAUCCUGAAUACACUGGACCAAGAUUGGGACCGAAAAUGGCCGAUAAAAAUGAAAGAACAUUCACUGAAGAUCAAUUGAGAGCCAGCGAAGGUCAACUUAAUCUUCAAAUGGGUUUCAAUAAAGGAGCUAGUCAAUCUGGACAUGGAGGAUUCGGAAAUACAAGACACAUGUAAUUUUUUUUUUAUAUAAUAUAUGAAUGUUAAAUUUGUAAACAUUUAUAAUAAUUAUUAUUCAAUAUACAAUAUGUCAUAUUUUUCUAACAUGUAAACAUCAUAACAAUUUAACAGUAAAAUAAAAAAAAUAAAUAACAA